AUGAAGAUAAAUGUUAUUCAAUCAAAACCAAAGGUUAAUACUGUACAUUUGAUUCAUCCAAAGGUUGUUAUUCUAUUGAUAAUUCUUAAGGAGAAUUACUUAAAAUGUAUUCAUUCAUUUAAAACUAAUCCUAUUACCUGUUCAAAAAGUACAGACAUACCAUGUUUUUACGAUUAAUAUAACAAUAUAUGCAUACCUUUUCUUGAUAAUAAAGAAUAUAUAUCAGUCUCUCAAUUUAAACUGGAAUAACAAAAUAUCAUUUAAUUCAUUAAUGUGUCAAAGAUAUUCUUAAGGGACUAUUAAGACAAUUAUGAAGAAUGCUUUGAAGUCUAAGAAGCUGAACUGAGAAUUUUGAAGUGUAGCGAUAAACUAAAUGAAAACGGAUGUGUUAAUAUUCAAACAUCAUUCUAAUUGUGCUAAUAUGAAAAUUAUAUUUGCAAGGCAAUUAAUCUUGAUAGCCCAAACAUAAAUACUAAUUGUUCUUAUUAUCAAAAAAUUAAUAGUAGUGGCUAUCUGUUAAAUAACAACCGAUAAUCCUUUGUGAAUAUGAAUAUAAGUAAUAAAAGAUGCUAAGAACUUACUUAAGCCUCUGAAGUGGAUUGCGAUUAGAACCAAACUUAAAACAAGGGGUACAAUGGGUUAGCAUGCAAUAAAAAUAAUAAUUGCAUCUUUUAUGAUGGCACUUGCUAUAACAAAAUUGGAGAUUCAAUAGCAUUUUGCUCAGACGUAGAUUCUACAUAAAUAUAACUUUGUAAAGAAAUUAUUACUUAAGGUUGUACUGUAACUAAAGACAGGUGCAUAUCAUUAUUACCAAACAAUUAUAUGUCCAUCAAGUGUAAUGAAGCAGUUAAUAUAAAAGGAUGUAUAUAAAUUUAAACUCCAGGAUAAACUUGUUUUUUUGAUUAAUAUUUAGAGAUAUGCAAAUUCUAAAAUUUAUAUAUUGACUUUAAAUCGAAAUGUUUAGAGCUGAACAACAUAAAUUCUUUUAAAUUCUGUGAAUAAACUACAGAUUAACCAUGCAAAUAUAAUUUAAUGAUGAAUAAAUGUGAGAUUGCAGCUGGAAAUAAUUAUGAUUGUAUUCGUGGAUUGAAUAAAAUGGCAUGUUAUAAUUUAACUGAUAAAUCAUAAUAAUGCAAAUAUCUAAAUUAUUGUUAUGGACCAAAUGAUAAAAUACUGGAAUGUAAUCCUAAUAAUUAUUAUGAUUGCUGCCGUGAAGCAUUAACCAAAGAGUCAUGCUUAUUUCAAAAAAGAUUUGAAUGUUAAUGGCAAAAUGGAUGUUAGGCUUAUCAAUAAAAAAUUUAAAAUGAAUGCAAUUAAAUUAAAGAUGCUUCAGUAACUGUUUGCACAUCUAUAAAGGACUCAUUUUGUAUAUUUGAUGCUGAAAACUUCAAUUGUAAAUAAAUUACUCCUGAAAGUUGUGAUGAAAUCUAAACUUCUGAUCAAUGCAAUAAAAUAACAGAAUAUCCUUGUAUCUGGGAUGAGCUUAAUGAAAUUUGCAUCUAUAAAGAUAAAGAUAUUUUAGAUUAAUGCACCAACAUUAGUGAUAAUAAUGGCAAUUUGAAAGCAUGUACUAUGAUAGAAAGAAGUGGUUAAAAAUGUAUAUUUAUAGAUAAUUAAUGUAAGACAUUUUACUAAAAAGAUGGGAUUAAUAACUGUAUUAAUAAUAUUAAUAUUACAUCUUGUUUAUAAUAAAAUGUUAGUCCGUGUGAAUGGGUGAUAGAAGAAGUAAAAGUAAAGAAAACAAAGGAUAUUACAAAAAUGGAAACCAUAAAAAUAGGAGAGUGCUAAUAAUUUACUGAUUUUGAUAAUAGAGACUGUAAUUUACUUCUAAGUUAAAAAUCAUGUAUAUCAGUUAGAAAAUUAGGGUAAUUUUGCAGAUGGAAAAAUAAUUAAUGCCAAAACUUUUCUUUAUCUGAUUAUUAGAUUAAUAAAUAUAGGCAACCUGAAUUAGCUUAAAUAGUUAAUCCAAAUGUUUGUGGAUUAUAUUAAGAUUAAAGAUUAAUUUAAUAUUCUUAAGAACUUGCAUCAUGCAUUGAAGUAAAAGAUUCAAGCAAAUUAUCUUGUUAAUAAUCAAAAUAUGGUUUAAAUUCAGUAUCUUGUUUCAAAAUUUAAUCUGAAUCGUGUAAGUGGAAUCCUAUCCACAAAACAUGUGAAUAAGUCACAAUAAAUAAUACAAAUCUUACAAUAUCUUGUGAUUUGCCUGGCCUCAAUUCAAAAGCAUUUGCGGUUUUAUUGGCAACGGUUGUAGUAAAAUAGAUUUAAAUGUUAAUUGCAAACAUUAAGGAUUAAACAAAUUUGCAUGUUUAACAAUUUUGA